AGCGUUGGACAUGAACCUUCGGCAUUCAAGUUUUCUUGCGCGCCUUAAUAUAUAGCAUGCCGGCGCGUGGCAGUUUCAUCGCCUUUACGGCGGUGACACUGUUGUCAACGAGGCAGCGACUGAAGUAUGCAGGGCUGUUCGCUGCUGAAGGACGGUUUCCUAUAACUACCUUCGUCAGUGUUGUGAGACUGUCAUCGUCUUGGUUUUCCCUCAGCUAUGUUUCUUCCAUGGCUUGCCAUUAUCUCCGCGCUGCAUACAGGUCUCGUACUCGCCGUGAGGUUUCCGGUUGAGCGCGUUCGCAGGGAUGUUCCUCGAUCCACCUCGAUGCAACUCUCCGCAAGCAGCACAUCUGACGAUGUAUUCGACUUCGAAAAUAUUCAAGGCAAAUUGUAUACGACUACAAUACACAUUAAUGGUCAGUCAUUCAAGGUGGACAUGGAUACUGGGUCCAGUGACCUGUGGAUUGACACCAAGGGGGCGAAUCUUACCGGAACUACGGAUACCGGUAUUCUUGGGGCCAUUGUCUACGAGGACCUUUCAUCCGCUGUUGGCAACUUGACUCUUGCUGACAUAACCUGGGGUAAUUUCACAGUGAAAGACCAAGUGUUCAUCAGUGCACCCGGUACCAACGCAACAUUAGGCUUGCGAGACGGUUUGCUGGGCUUGGGGCCGCAGACACUUUCAAAUAUAUCCCAUACUCUUCACCUUGCGAACUCUUCUGUGAAUGGUGCUACUCUCCUCGAUAAUAUUUUCAGUCUCUAUCCUGAUGAGCCCAAUCACAUCACAUUCCUGCUUACUCGAGAUAUUUCUGGCAUAGUGGAUGGCGGUGAUUUCACAAUAGGCGAGAUCGUGGAUGGUUUUGAAGCUAUCUCCGCCGCCCCCAAGCUACCCGUUGUAUCAAACCGAUGGCUCACAUUUGUGGAUGCCAUGAUUGUUAACGAAAAACGGGUGACAGCUCCCUCGGCUGGGUUCCCAAAUGUUGAAGUACCCAAGGGUAAACUCACAGCAAUAUUUGACACGGGUAUCUCUCUAGAUAUCGCCCCCAAAACCUUCGUAGAUGCGAUGUUCAAGGAUGUUCCUGGUGCUUUCUUUGAUGAAGACAGUCGUCUAUAUGUUGUUCCCUGCGAUACGAAGCUUAAUGUCAGCUUAGUGGCUGGGGACAUUGAAUAUCCCAUUCACCCUGUGGACCUUGUCUCUCCGAUCGCAUUGAAUGGUAGUGACCCGCUAUGCGUCGGUGGCUUCAUGGCAACUGACGAGAACACGGCCAUUGGUGACUUCCAAUUUGGUGACGUCGUCCUGCGCAAUCUCUACACAUUGUUCGACUAUGGGAAUUGGUCCAGAGCUGGCGAUGGGCAACCAUUUAUCCAGAUACUGAGCCUUACCGAUGCUGAUAAGGCGUUCGCGGAGUUCGACACUAUGCAGUCUGCGCGUGUGGAGCAGUUCCUUGCUGCGAACUCAGAUGACUCUUCUACUUCUGCCAGCUCUGUGUCUACCUCAACAAGUAGCGAAACUGCUGUGGAUACAUCCUCCGCAACAACGACAGCCUCCAGUCUGAGUCCUGCGAGUCCUGUGGCAACCAGUACCAUCCCUCUAACUUCCGUAGCCUCAACGAGCGUUCCACCCACCACUGUAUCUGCUCUCGCGACAUCGACAGGUGUUGGCAAUAGCAAAGACUUCGCAGCAGGAGCAGUUUCAGACAAUAACAGCAUCAGCUCGACUGACUUGAACAACUUGAUUCGGAACUCUUAUAUUGUUAUUGGGCUGCUGGGGUUCGCUAUCGUCCUACUCAUUGGUGUAGUCGUUAUGACGUCGAUGAGGAUGAUGGCACCUCGGGGAGGGCGGUACAAACCUAUCAUUCCUCCAGUCGAUGAUCAUGCUAGCACACCGUACAGAUAUUCUGACUAGAUGUUGCUUGACUACCGCCCGCUCGCAUGUUGUAGAAUAUGUAUAUUUAUGGACUACGUGCUGUAGAUACCAUUGCCAUCCACUAAUGCAACUUCUGUACCAAACAAGGUUCAUGCAAUACCGUUAAAUCCAACUGCGUAUCUCGGAG